AUGAGCGCCUUCGCUUCUCCUGCUGCCGUUUCCCAUUCGUCGUCUUUCUUACAAGCCAGCGCUGUUCCACUAUGUCCGUCCAUCGCUCUCCGCACAACUAGUGCGGCCCGUCGCACGCCUGCCAUCACCAUGGCCUUCUCCUCCAUUGACGGUGUUCUCACGCCAGCUCCAACCUCCAUGCCUUCUGACAAAGCCGACGUGAUUUCCGCGGUGUUCAAUCAAGUCUUGGGCAACGCCUAUCUCAUGGAGUCUGAACGCGCCGAGCUCGCUGCACCCGAAGCCACUUUUUGCCAAACCGGAAAUGUCCGCGCAUUCGUCGCAGCCAUCGCUAAAUCCCACGCCUACAGUUCGCGCUUCUUUAACCCCGUCUCCCAGUACCGUUUCAUAGAGCUUGCAUUCAAGCAUCUCCUCGCCCGUGCACCUUCCUCAAAGAAUGAAUAUGCCGCUGCGAUGAAUGUCUAUCACUCGAAAGGCUAUGACGCAUGCAUUGACUGGUUUGUCCAAUCCGACGAGUACCACGAGAACUUUGGAGAUUUCACUGUUCCUUACCAGUACUACAAAGGCUGUUGGCGCACAAAUGAAACCUUCAAUAGAUCCGUGGCCAUGCGUCUUACGCCCUCCAGCAGCGACAAGGCUCGCAAUUCGAUGCUACAAUACCCUGUUUGCGCAGGUAGCUCCCCGAACUGGUUAAGCAUUGCCAAGGCCCUACCUCCAGGUACCGAAAAGGGGACAGGCUUCACCAUUGGUGGUCAUUGGACGAGUACGCAGAGGAAUACGAGAUCCCCUGUAAGAAUCGGGACGAAGAUUCCUGGAGGUGUCGUUUUCUAUUAGCCAUAGCAGGGCAGACGUCGCGCCUCUGUCGAUACUUUCCACCCAUUUUGAUACAUUAGCCACAAGUUGCCACGACCACCACGUAUAAUGCAUCAUUUGGCCACGCUCGAAAAGCAGCCCCGGCCUGUGUGGUUAUUACUCUACGUAUUGCUAUUGCGGCCAGCACCAAUGUGAUGGUAAAAACCAAAAGAGAUUGUUCUUUCCCUAAA